AUGAACGCAGUGCGGGAUUCAGGAGGUGCUCGUCAUAUUCAUGGCAAAGCACUUGGUGGAGAAGACCACAUCGAGAAUACAAGCCGGAAUCCGACCCCCUCGUCACAUUCUGGAACCUCUCUAGUCCCACGAUAUGCCGGUUCAAGCAAUGGUAAAGAGGACGUCAUUCUAGUCACUUUUGAACCAAAUGAUCCCACGAACCCCAUGAAUUGGACGAGGCGGAAGAAAUGGCAGAAUACCGUCAUGCUUUGCCUAGUCUGUCUCUUCAUCGGUCUUGCUACUGCUGGGUACUCUUCUGGUAUAACAUCUAUGACCGGGGAAUUCGGUGUGUCCAAUGAAGUCGGCCAAGUUGGGCUGUUCGUCUUCAAUGCCGCAUUUGCCGUCGUUCCCAUGUUCCUUGGGCCACUCUCCGAAUUUAUCGGCCGUAGACCUAUCUAUAUCGGCUCCUACCUUCUCUUCACAAUAUGGUUCAUACCUCUCGCCACUGGACAUAACAUCCAAACAAUCAUCGUAGCGCGUUUCCUGUCUGGAUGCUCAGGCGCUGCGGGUACGACGAUCGUUCCUGGUACACAGACGGAUAUCUGGUCCACGGAAGAGCGAGGUUUGCCGGUGGCAUUGUUCAGUCUGACCGCCGUCCUCGGAACGGUCGCCGCUCCCCUAUACUCCGGCUAUAUUAAUCAGUACGCAGGUUGGAGGUGGAUCGAAUGGGUUCAACUCAUCGCCAACGGUUGCCUUUUCGUCGUUGCUUUCUUCCUCCUGGAUGAGACCCGCGGAGCUCGUAUUCUUGAGAAACAUGCUCAGAAACUUCGUCGCGACACAGGCGACAACCGAUACCGCGCACCAUCAGAACUUGCCAAACCAUCCAUAGGCGCACUCCUCUACGCAUCGACCACUCGCGCUUUCAUCCUCCUUAUCCGCGAACCAGUCGUCCUUGCGUUUUCUCUCUGGUUGGCUUUCGCAUGGGCUAUUAUCUUCCUGUUUUUCUCUGUCAUCCCGCUCACCUACCAAGGCAACCAUGGAUGGAGUCAGGGAAAUGCUGGACUGCCGUAUAUCUCUUCCAUCCUCGGGUGUUUCUUUGCGUUCGCGGCCUCGAUUCAUCAGAAUAGGGUGUACGACAGAGCGACGAAGAGAAAUGGAGGUGUACCGGUUCCGGAGGCUAGACUUGCGUGGAGUAGAGUUGGGGCGGUUCUCUUGCCGGUGUCGUUGUUCUGGUUCUCUUGGACGCAGUUCCGCGAAGUGCAUUGGAUUGUGCCAACUCUCGCGUUGUGCCCCAUGGUAUUUUCUAUCUACCUCAUCUUCGACGCAGUCCAGAACUACCUCGCGGAUGCGUAUGGCGAAUACGCCUCGUCCGCCAUCUCCGCGCAGGGUUUCGUUCGUAACAUGCUUGCCGCUUCUUUCCCAUUGUACGGCCGCCAGAUGUUCCAAAACCUGCACUACCAAUGGGCGGGGACACUUUGCGCUCUGAUUGGAGUUGUCAUGAUCCCACUGCCGUUUGUUCUUAUGAAGUACGGCUACCGUAUCCGUCAGAAAUCUCCUUACGCCAAGGCUACGACUGAGGACGCUCAGAGUCGCAAGAUCAUGCCUGGUGAAGAACGCGCCGCGAUGGAGAAGCUCGGAUCUGACAUUGAGACGGUUCCUCGAACGCAUCCCGACUCCACCGCGCCUGGUACUGUGGACGACCGUAAUGAGUGGAGACCUGUGGCUCGCGAGAUCGAUCCCGAGUCCCUUUCCGAAGGCCGACUUGUAUGAUCGUCACCUUUCUUACUCUGUUCAAUGCUCGAUCUGGACAACAUGGUUCGGUGGUUGCUGAGCCCUCGCUGUAUUCAUUUGUAAUUCCC